UUCAACAACCACGACACUCCGAACAUCGUCAAAAUAGGUCCUCCGACCCUCCAAAGUGCUGCAUUUGCUUUAGACCUCUCCCCUCCCUCCCCACCACGUCCAUUGUCUCCCCGAAGUCACCGGUCGCAUCUUAUCACCAUUCGCGAACUUCCCAAUAGUUCGUCUUUGCUUUGCGGGCCUCGUCUCAGCCCACCGCCUCCUGUUCGCUUCCGCGCACUCGCUCCGUUCUCACAUCACCGCGCCGCAAGUGCACCAAUACGAAGAUUUACAGCACAUCCGCCAACCCGUGGGCUCGGUCAUAGUCGAACCAACUCCUCCCCGCCGUCGUCUGGAGCCCCACAGUCAACCCACGACUCUCUAAAUCAUGGUUCAGCGAAACUAUGUAAUAGCAAUCAUUGUGAUCUGCCUGUUCGUGGUGCUGGCACUCGUGGGCUACGCGAUCUAUGCGAUUCAGAACAGAGUGAGCCUGUUUGCGAAGCGGGAGAAGGAGCUGGACGAAGAAGAAUGACGCGCACUGUUCGUUUUCAAAUUGAUGAGAAGGAAGUUUUGCCACCCAGCGAUGAGCCUGCUGAAAGAUCGCUGUCUGGACUGUUACGUUCGGAAGAUGAGCGAAGGACUUGGUUUUGA